AUGCAGAUGUCACCAGCGCAUGAACAUCAACCAAUUUCAUCCGCACCUAUGCCAUUAUCACCGAUCAUGACUGAAGCUGCUUUUGACAACUACCUUCCACCCAACCAACUACCUCCACCACCUCCUCCACCGCCUCCUACUCAACAACAACGCACUUUGUUGCGUGAUCGAGGUGCACGCCAUCCACCACGCAUACCUCGUUUACGACGUCUAUCUCCUCCUGACACCGAUAACAUGCGAUUUCGAUGCUUAUCAGAUGACAGGGUGGUGGAUAUGGAUCGACUGUGUGGCGAGAAAACUAAUAUCCCUGGGCAAAAUCAAUCGGUUUUGGAAUUUGAUGUAAUGGAGCAGGAUGGUGGGCAAUAUAGUGCUUCUUAUGGCGUCAGCAAUAUGCUGAGAAACGAUAAUUCAGUAUUCUGUUCUGCAAGGAGUGGUACGAUCAAUAUCCUUUUACGUUAUAGAGGGAAGCGGAAAACAGACCAAAGUUGUGUGAUAUCGCAAAUCGUUAUCAAGGCACCCCAAUACGGAUUUACAGCACCCUGCAAGGAUGGGAUGGUGUUUGUGUCUCGGUAUCCUAUUGAUGUGGAACGUACACGAAUAUUCGAUGACUUUACGGCAUCAGAUUACGAGCAUUACAUGAAUAACAAACCUGAUGACGAUUUGGAUCCAGUGGGAUGGUUUUCCCUUGACAAUGAGAGGCAUGUUGUUAUUCCCGUGGAACAUCGGUCGGCCAAGUAUGUGCUAGUAAAGUUGAUCCGAUCGGAAUUGGAGGUGGAUAAUAUCGAUAUCCAGUAUCUUGGUUUUGUGGGAUACUCGGGAGCACGUUCAUUUGCCAAUGCUAGGAUUUGCUAA